GUUUCUUUAUCGAUAAACAUGGAUUAGCUACGGGGAAGUUAGUCCGUACAUAAGUACGGAUUACGGAGUACAUACACGUCUGAUCCCUGCCAGCCUGAUUUCCAAGCAUCCGACAAUUGCCGGCGUUCAAUCUUCCGCAGAGCCGUUGAAUAUUUUUUGGCCUGGACCACAAUACAGCUGUUCCGUGAAUCUGGAGUUAGGCCUAUCGGUUUUGGGCUUCUCGGUGCGUGCAGAUGGCAAGGGACGGCACAGAAACGCAGCCUACCAGCGCGCCAGUCGCCGAAGGCGCCUCUGCAAGUGCUGCUACCGAGCCGCCAAAGCAGUAUCCAAAGGGUGUAAUUCUCGGCAAGGAUGGGAAACCUUGCCGCCCUUGCAAUACCUUCGCAUCCUUUACCGCCCAAAGCAAGUCCACGCUCAAAGCUGCAGCAACACAGGGACCACCAAAGGACUGUCCCCCGGACGUCGAACAGCUCGGCCGCAGCACUUGGACGCUUCUCCACUCGAUUGCGGCCACAUACCCGCCGAGGCCCACUCCAAAAGAGCAGUCCGAUAUUAAAGACUUCAUGCGCUUGUUUUCCAAGCUGUACCCAUGCUGGGUGUGCGCCGAAGAUUUCCAAAGCUACGUGGAGAAGAAGGAGGUCAAGGCGGGGAGUAGGGAGGAAUUCGGAAACUGGCUGUGCGAGGCACACAACGAGGUAAACCGAAAGCUGGGGAAGCCGACGUUCGAUUGUAGCAAGUGGGAAGAGAGGUGGAGGACAGGCUGGAAGGAUGGGAGUUGCGAUUAAGGGUUGGGUAACGGGGUUCUGUUUGCCUUUUGGGACUGGGAAUCGUGUGAUCCAGGAAGGCUGGCUGGCGAUAGACGGAGUUCGGCGUGAUAUGUAUCUUGUACUUAAGACCCUCCCCCAUUGUACUCUCAACUCUCUUGGUGUUGGCGGCUCGUCUCCUCGGCUUCAAGUCCAGCAUAGCGACAACCAAGGAGCAUUCGAUAUGCAACCCGAUCUCAAGCAGAGAAAGGUGUUAGGGCCGACGAAAAGACCAGUCUUGCGAGCCAACCUGCGCUGGACCUAUGGUACUGCGUGUGUGUGGGCGGAUA